UCUGCUAAUUCUUCCGGGAGAAACACAGCUGCCCAACCAGAAGGACGAAACAUGACAACACACUGACUUCACUCAGCAGUAAAGCAGUCUCAGAGCAGCACUUUCGGUUUUUUGUUUUUCAUUUAUUUUGUCCUCUGAGUUGCCUCGCCUCUCCAUGUUGCUGUGCCGGGUGUCGCCGGUGUGCCGGACGCUGGCGAGAUGGGGACGGAGGUCACAGCGGGGAGGCGGCCUCCUCCUUGGCCGCGCCGUCUCCUGCAGCUCCAACCGCUGUUACGGUGUAAGUCCCGGGGAAGGCAGCGCCGAGCCCGCGGAGACCGGCUCCGCUCCGUCUCGGUACCGGGACACGGUGCUCCUUCCUCGGACUGAGUUCCCCAUGAAACUGACCGGGCAGAAGCUGCUGGACCGCGAACUUCAGAUCCAGCAGGACUGUGGUUUCGCAGAAUUGUAUUCAUGGCAGAGAGAAAGGAAAGCCAAGAAAGAGUUCUGCCUCCAUGACGGACCCCCUUAUGCAAACGGAGACCCCCACGUUGGACAUGCACUCAACAAGAUCCUGAAAGACAUCCGUAACCGUUUUGAGAUGUUACGAGGACGUCAGGUCCACUACGUUCCAGGCUGGGACUGCCACGGCCUGCCCAUAGAGCUGAAAGCUUUGGGAGAACUGGGCACCAGCGGCCUCAGUGCGCUGCAGAUCAGACAGAAAGCACGGGAGUUCGCCGAAGGGGCCAUAGCUCGGCAGAAGGCCGCCUUCCAGCGCUGGGGGGUGAUGGCCGACUGGGAUCAGUGCUACUACACGUUUGACGGGGCUUACGAGGCUGCUCAGUUAAAUGUCUUCCAGGAGAUGCAUAGCAAGGGUCUGGUUUAUCAGGACUACAAACCCGUCUUCUGGUCUCCGUCAUCCAGAACGGCCCUGGCUGAGGCCGAGCUGGAGUACAACCCCGAGCACGUGAGCAGAGCCGUCUACGCCACCUUCCCUCUGGCCACACUGCCGCCCAAGAUUGCCUCAGGAGAAGCAGGUCUGGAGAAUGUCUCGGUGUUGGUUUGGACCACCCAGCCUUGGACCAUCCCUGCUAACCAGGCAGUGUGCUACAUGCCCAACGCUCAGUACUCCGUGGUGAAGCGGGCCGACACUUCCCAGGUGCUGCUGCUGGCGACUGAACGCACAGCAAGCCUCGCCGCGCUGCUGGGCACAGAGCUGCAGACUGUUGGCACCUUCACAGGUUCGCAACUUGAAGGUGGAAUCUGCAAACAUCCCACCAUUCCUGACAAGCAAGUCCCGUUGUUGCCAGCCAACCAUGUGACCAUGGGGAAAGGGACGGGAUUGGUCCACACCGCACCAGCUCAUGGCAUGGACGACUACAGCGUGGCUUCACAGUUUAAAUUGCCUGUGGAGUGUAUAGUGGAUGAAGACGGCCGGUUCACAGAGCUGGCAGGACCCGAGCUGCAGAACCUGCCCGUGAUCACUGAAGGAACCGAUAAAGUGAUUGCCUCGCUGAAAGAUGGAGGCGCUCUGGUUCUGGAGGAGCAGUGUGUCCACAGCUACCCGUAUGACUGGCGGACGAAGCAGCCUGUGGUCAUCAGAGCCAGCAAACAGUGGUUCAUCAACACCGCAUCGCUGAAAGACAAGGCAAAGGAGGCGCUGCAGAAGGUGCGCGUUUUACCAGAGUCUGCCAGAGGCAGCCUGCUGGCCAUGCUGGACCGCCGGACGUACUGGUGCAUCUCCAGGCAGCGGAGCUGGGGGGUCCCCAUCCCGGUUUUCUACCAUAAAGAGACCGGAGAACCUCUCAUUAACAAAUACACGGUGUCCCACAUAGCAAAACUCUUCAAGGAAAAAGGCAGCGACUGUUGGUGGGAACUUCCCAUUGAGGCUCUGCUGCCCCCAGAGGUUCUCAAGAAGAGUAAGGCAGGACCUGUGAGCGAGUACGUUCGAGGAGACGACGUUCUGGACAUCUGGUUCGACAGUGGAGCAUCAUGGGCAGCCGUGCUGGAAGAGGAGAUGGAGGAAGAAUCGGAGGAGCCUGAAUCACGUCUCCGCUGGCUCCCCCGCUCGCUGCGCAAACCCCUAGUCACAGAAUCCGACUCCAGAGCAGACGCAUACGUGGAGGGAAAGGACCAGCUGGGAGGCUGGUUCCAGUCUUCGCUGCUCACCAGCGUGGCCGUCAGGAACAAAGCGCCCUAUAAAUCUCUGGUGGUCCACGGCUUUGCAGUCAGCGAGAAAGGAGAAAAGAUGUCCAAAUCUCUGGGGAACGUCGUGGAUCCUGACGAAGUCAUUAAUGGAAAGGAGGACAGCAGCAGCAGCUCGGCGUACGGGGCGGACGUGCUCCGGUGGUGGGUCGCGGAGUCCAACAUCUUCUCCGAGGUCCAGAUCGGGCCCAGCGCCCUCAACUCGGCCCGAGACAGCAUCAACAAGUUGAGGAACACUCUGAGGUUUCUGCUCGGCAACCUCAACGGCUUCGACCCACGUGUGCAGGCGGUGGACCCCAAACAGAUGUACUACAUCGAUCAGUACAUGCUGCACCUGGUCCGUGAGUACAGCAUGAAGGUUACAGACGCCUACAGUGAGUUUGAUGCUGGCAGAGUCAUCCGGAUCCUUCAGGCCUUCGUCAACAGAGACCUGUCCAGCUUUUACUUCAGCAUCAUAAAGGACCGGCUGUACUGCAGUCCAGAGGACUCGUUGGGCCGGCGCUCAUGUCAGACCGCUUUAGAGGAAAUUCUGGAUGGCGUGACCCGAUCUGUUGCGCCUAUCCUACCACAUUUAGCGGAGGAGGUCUAUCUGCAUGCUCCAGGACACGACAAAGCAGAGACGUUAUUCAAAAGCGGGUGGAUCAAAAGCAGCUCUGUGUGGCGGCGACCGGGUCUGGAAGAGGCUGUGGAAGGGGCCUGCGCCAUCAGGGACUCCUUCCUGUCUUCAAUCCCUGGUAAAAACGCCAGCCAGUAUGAUCUGACGGUCGCCAUCGAACCGGGACUUCUGUUUGAGCUCAUGGAGUCUCUCCAAGAAGAGCCCACAUCCACCAGCUCCCAGCUAACCGAGCUGAUGAUGGCAGCUAGAGUCACCCUGACCAGCACGCUGCCCCGCGACCUGCACCCGGACGCCCUGCUGAGCCACGGUACCUUCCUCAUCAACCUGGAAGGCGGUGUCAUCCGCGAGGACAGUCCCUACAGCAUCGCCGUGACGCCCACCUCUGCCGCUCGCUGCCCGCGGUGCCGGCGCUACACCUCGGAGUCCGCAGACUGUCUGUGCCCGCGGUGCCAGGCCGUCAUCUCGCACGCCGGCUGACGUGCUCGCCGCCAGGACGGCCGGCACGCGUCACGAUCAAGACGGUGCUUUACACUCCCAGUGGGAAGAGGAAAACUGCUGUGGCUCUGGCUGUUCGUCGGGAAACACUUUAUGCUAAAUGAACGCACCCUUAUUGGUUAUAAUACAAAGCCUCAAGCUGUAACUAUUCUUUGGGCUCAUGUUUCCUCAGCGUACUGAAAACCAAAGUAGUGAAGUCUGCUGUAAAUACAGUCGGUGGGUUAAAAGGAUGAGAUCUGAGUGGAGAAGGAAUGCUCUCGUUUAAAUGUGUUGAUGCUAAUUAUUUCACUACAAGUGUCACUGUGUGACUAUAGUAGGAAAUGUAUUGUCAAGAGAAGAUGGCACGGGUGAGUUCCUGUACAAAUUUACCUUUGUAUAGUGUAAUAAGUUCCUUCUUUCUCAGAGAAACUGCAAAUGCUUGAAUGUGUUAUAGUUUCUUUCUCUCUGUGUGUGUGUUCUGUAAGGGAGCUAAACUAGUCCAACCUUUGAGAAAUCUCUUUAUUCUGCAUCAGCGCCCUGCCAGAGCUCAAAGUUACAGAAUAUCAGAUGCACAGAUGCAGUUAAUACAGAACUGUCUGCAUAUAUAAAUAAAAAAUAACAUCCA